AUGCCCGACAGUGUGGAUUUCGCUAAGACUGGUAUUGCCGCUACGCUUCCAUUCCAAUUAAGACCAAGGGAGUGGCCUGACUUUAUGGACAAGGAUGAUGUCAAGAAAACGUAUACCAGCACUGGUGUCUUGGGUGAACUGUUCAGAAUUGUCCAGCCAGAUCCUCAUUUCUCUCCAUGUGAUAUCAGGAAGUUUGGUUAUCCUACUGAAUCUCGGAUCACUCAAUAUCCAAUUCAUACUAGCUUGCUAGAGCGACUCAAGCCGGUCAAGGCGCAUUACGAGAAGGUGCUGCAGUAUGACAUGAGGAGAUACCGAGUAUUCGAGCCUGAAAUCCCUUCUGGUAUCGCUAUCAAGAACAAGCGAAGGAAGAGGGCCAGGGAUCAAAACUUGAACGAACCACUGAGAGAUACUUACAAUACCCUCAUCACUGAGACCCGACAGAUGGCCAUGGAACGGAUAGCCGAUAUCGAGUUCCGUACCAAACUUACUCCGGCUCAAAUGGUCGCUCGACACUGUUAUGCCCUGACUUACGAGAAACAGUACGUCCAAGACUGGGAAGAACAGUUAUCGAGGGGCGAAUAUCAUGCUAUGGUCAAACAGGAGGACGAGGAGGUGUUUGAGGAAGAACUAAAACCUAAACCGCUGAUCAGUUUCGCUUGGGUAUUCUGGUCCGAGUUGAUCCAGUUGGCUGGGAUGGCAGGUGAUAUCAAGAGUGAGAGAUGA